GUGGCGAAAUUUCGCCGUCUUUCAUUGCAGACCAUCAAGCCUUCACCGAGACGCGAUAACAGCAUCCUUUGCUGUUAUUCAGCUCUCGCAUCUCAAUGACACUUUUCAGUGUUUACGCUCGCUUUUUUUCAUAAGAGAUUAUUUUCAUAGACUUGUGAUUUUGUUUUGUCUGUAGAACUUUGUACAUUUUGUUUUCUUGCCACCAUGGUGCUAGGAAAGGUGAAAAGCUUCAUUGUAAGCUACGACUGUCUAAAUGACAGCAAUGUCCCUGUUUUCUCCAGCGGGGACUCGGUCUCAGGAAGAGUUAUUAUUGAAGUCACCGGGGAGAUUCGUGUCAAGUCACUUAAAAUACACGCAAAAGGAUUCGCAAAAGUGCGUUGGACAGAAUCGCGAAAUGCUGGAUCCAACACUGCCUACACUCAAAAUUAUACAGAAGAAGUUGAAUAUCUGAAUCAUAGAGACAUCCUUAUUGGCCAUGGAAGAGAUGAUGAUAACUCUGAGGAGGGACUCACCACUAUUCAUUCAGGAAGACAUGAGUAUGCAUUCAGCUUUGAGCUUCCACAAACACCUCUGGCUACCUCGUUCGAAGGAAAGCAUGGCAGUGUGCGCUAUUGGGUGAAGGCUGAGCUGCACAGGCCGUGGCUUCUGCCCAUGAAGACCAAGAAAGAGUUCACUGUCUUUGAGCACAUUGACAUCAACACUCCUCUCCUGCUGUCUCCCCAGGCAGGAACUAAAGAAAAGACGCUAUGCUGCUGGUUUUGCACCUCAGGUCCGAUCUCCUUAAGUGCCAAAAUUGAACGGAAGGGUUAUACUCCAGGAGAGUCCAUUCAGAUCUUUGCUGAAAUUGAAAACUGCUCCUCGCGUAUGGUUGUGCCAAAGGCCGCCAUUUACCAAACACAGACCUUCUUUGCCAAAGGGAAGAUAAAGGAGAUAAAACAAUUAGUGGCCAACAUCCGAGGGGAGUCACUUUCUUCUGGCAAGACGGAGACAUGGAAUGGAAAGAUGCUGAAGAUCCCCCCUGUAUCACCCUCCAUCCUUGACUGCAGUAUCAUUAGAGUGGAGUACUCACUCAUGGUGUAUGUAGACAUCCCAGGAGCCAUGAACCUGUCUUUAAACCUGCCCCUGGUGGUUGGUACCAUCCCUCUCCACCCCUUCGGUAGCCGGACAUCUUCUGUGAGCAGUCAAUGCAGCAUGACCAUGAGCUGGUUAGGCAUGGCCCUCCCUGAGAGGCGCCUGAAGCUCCUCCAGCCUAUGCAGAGGUGGUCACAGAAGAACAGAGACAGAGCAGUCUGGAAGUGUCGUCAGGGCGGGAGAACUUUGAUGGCCCGCUAUUCGCCUACAUCCAGGAGUUCCGCUUCCGACCCCCUCCACCCUACUCUGAGACUGAUCCAAAUCCCAUGAUCAAGACACAUCAACCGCGGAGCA